AUGAUCCCACUACCCGCCAUCGUUCUCGUGUCUGCUCUCCACGCAGGGUUGUCAAUCGCCCAGCAGUUUCCAUUACCUGUAACCUAUGAUACCGUUAUCAAGUCGCCCGUCGACCCUACCAUCACCAUAUCCUACAAAACGCCCGACGCCCAUACAUGUGCAACGGCUUUCGAGGCGCAAAAGCAGUAUUCCGGAUAUGUCAACCUUCCUCCGUUCACGCUUGAGCCGUUUCAGCAGAAUUAUUCGAUCAACACCUUCUUCUGGUUCUUCGAGGCACGCGAGAACCCAGAAACUGCCCCGUUGACCAUCUGGUUGAAUGGAGGACCUGGAAUGUCUAGCAUGUUCGGACUCUUCGCAGAAGUGGGUCCGUGUGAAAUUGUGGAAGGGUCAGAUGACAGCUACACCACGCAACCCAGGGUUUGGGGAUGGGACCGCAGCUCCAAUGUACUCUUCAUCGACCAACCUACCCAAGUCGGCUUCUCAUACGAUGAGCGCGUCAACGCUUCGGUAGACUUUAGUCAACUUGAUUACAGCUUCGAAGAACUCUCCCCGCUUCCCGCUAACGUGCCUGAAUGGCGCUUCAAGAACGGCACCUUCUCUUCUGGUAUUCUAACCAGUACAGAGGACUUGACUGCCAUUGCCGCACGGUCAUCGUGGCACUUUCUUCAAGGCUUCCUGUCCGCAUUCCCUCAGUACAACCCUGGAAUCCGAUCUAGCAGCGAUACCGUCGAGCCCUGUCAUAUAAACCUCUUCGCUGAGAGCUAUGGUGGCACCUACGGUCCUAUCUUCGCAGACUAUUACCAGGACCAGAACGAUCGUCGAGAAAAGGGCGAGAUUACAUCCGAAGCGUUAGACAUUCGGCUUGGUUCAGUCGGCAUUGUCAACGGUAUAUUGGAUGUCUACGUUUCGGCACUUUCUGGUCUGGAGUUUGCCUAUAACAAUACCUACGGUAUCGAAGGCAUUGAUCUCACUACCUAUCAAAACGCAGUAUCGGAACUCAACGUAGACAUGGGCUGCCGGGAUUUGGUCACACAGUGCGGCGCGUCGGCGGCCCUCAAUGACCCCGAAGGUCUUGGUACUGACGAGGACGUUAACAAUCUUUGCGCGAGUGCCCUCUACAACUGCACAGCGAUAGCCGGUGUUGCCUAUUCUGCUGGUAGGAGUGUCUACGAUUUUCGAGUUGGUCCAACGGUCGAGCCUGUUGUUGCACUCUCAGAGUAUCUGAACGGCGAGGAUAUUCUACAAUCCGUUGGCGCACCAGUCAACUUCACUUCCACUAGCAAUACCGUCGCGGCAGCUUUCACUUACAACGGAGACGCGGCCCGUGGAGGGCAAAUCGACUCUUUGGCGGACCUGCUCGCUCGUGGUAUCAAAAUCGCCCUCAUCUAUGGUGAUGCUGAUGUCAUAUGCAACUGGUAUGGAGGACAGAACCACUCUCUUCAUCUCGCUAGUCUCGUUCCAGCAUACAAGACGGCUUUCCCAGAGGCUGGGUAUGCGGAUAUUGUUGUGAACGACUCCUACAUUGGCGGAGCAGUCCGUCAAUACGGCAACCUCUCAUUCUCUAGGAUUUACGAUGCUGGCCAUCAAGUACCGUAUUACCAGCCAGAGACCGCCUUUACCGUUUUCACUCGCAUCAUCCAAGGCGAUGACAUCAGUAUGGGUCGCAACGUUGAUCUGUCUAGCUUUGGUACCGAAGGCCCCAGCACUUCUGAUCACACGAACCUCGUAGGGCCCGAGCGUGCACCAAUUUGCUGGAUUCGAGAAGCUGCCAUCAGUUGUACAGAAGAAGAGUUGGCUGGUAUCGCUGCAGGGAAGGGCACAGUGAAGGCCGGCAUAUGGUAUCCCACGGACGAAGACAUACCGACCAACGCGUCGCAGGAUCAGCCAAGGGUACCCAAGUCACAGCCCACCGCGACGACUUCAGUGGCUUUGACUGGAGUGUAUAGCGCUACCAGCACCCCAACGAUCAAGAAAACCUCUGGAGCGUCGGCACUUAGGCCGAACCUCCCAUUUCACCUUCCGCGCCGCGACAUCCCAGUCGGCCCGUUAUUGGCAGAAGCGGAGGAAGCUCGCAACGGUGAGCGCAUAAGGAACGGUCUCAUUGGUGGUCUUGCCGCGGCUGCUGCUCUGCUAUUGUGA